AUGGAUUCUGUUAAUAAUAAAACAGGAAAGACAUUCUUUUUGAGCGGAUACGGAGGCACAGGCAAAACUUACUUGUGGAAGACAAUAGUUUCAAAGAUUAGAUCCGAAGGAAAAUUUGUUAUUGUUGUUGCUUCGUCUAGUAUUGCUGCAUUGUUGCUCCCCGGAGGAAGAACGACACACUCCCGAUUCCGCAUUCCAAUUGAGCCUACAGAGGAAUCGACGCAUGAUAUCAAACAAGGUACACAAUUAGCAAGACUAAUUUGCAAAACAAGUUUAAUUAUUUGGGAUGAAGCGCCAAUGGCCAGCAAAUAUUGUUUUGAAAGCCUAGACAAAACAUUAAGAGAUAUACUACGUAACACCUUUGACAACAGUGCCAACAAGCCAUUUGGAGGUUUGACAACAGUUCUGGGAGGAGAUUUUAGACAGAUACUUCCAGUCAUAAUACAAAUUGGAGAUGGUAUAGUUAACCGUGAUGAUGACAAUGAAUGGAUAGAAAUACCCAAUGAUAUCCUGCUUAAACCAGGGACCAAUGCUUUACAAACUAUUGUUGAUAGUUUAUAUUUUGAAUUAGAAAAAAACUACAAUGAUCCUAUUUACUUAGAGGAACGAGCUAUACUUGCCCCAACAAAUGAGGUUGUAGAUACUAUUAACCAGUUCAUUGUGCAAAAGAUUCAGUCAGAAGAGGCAAUUUACAGGAGUUCAGAUAGUAUUUGUAGCCAAACAUCAUAUAUGAACAACUUAGAUAUUUUAUAUCCAACUAGAUUCUUCAACAGUUUGAAGAUAUCUGGAAGUCCCAAGCAUCAAAUAACUUUGAAGGUUGGCCUGCCAAUAAUGUUGCUUCGUAACAUAAAUCAGAGCAAGGGUCUGUGCAACGGGACAAGACUUAUCAUCACUCAACUUGGCAAGUGGUUUGUUCAGGCAGAAAUAAUUACUAGAACAAAUAUAGGUGAAAGAGUCUUUAUUCCAAGAAUUGUUUUAUCAUCCUCAGACACAAAGAUGCCUUUCACAAUUAAAAGGAGACAAUUCCCAAUUGAUGUAUGUUUUGCGAUAACUAUCAACAAAAGUCAAGGCCAGACUCUAAAGAGUGUGGGAAUCUUUCUUUCAAGACAAGUGUUCACGCAUGGGCAAUUAUAUGUGGCUGUUUCAAGGGUUACAAACAGAAAAGGACUUAAGAUAUUGCAAGACGAUAAGGAUUCCCCAUCUCAAAACUUAUUGAAAAUGUUGUGUUUAAAGAGAUUUUCAAUUAAAAGGGACCCAAGGUAUUGCUGCAGGCUUCUGCUUAAUAGUCAUAAUCCUAAUUUUGAAGGUUCCAUUAGAGUUGCAUAUAUAGUUGUCAUCCUUAAUGCUAACUCUGAAACUCCUUACAUCAAUUUAUAUGUCAGAUAUGCUUGGAAACUUCUUUAA